AUGCUUCCAACUCGUGCUGACAGCAACAGUACCUCUUCAUCUCCUCAAGACGCUGCUGCUCAUGCCCUCUCUCACUUGAAAGUCUACAACUGGGACGCAUUCGUUCAACAAAUGAUCUUGUCCGUCGAAUCAUUGUCCACACAACAACAACAACCACUAACAUCCAACACUACUGACAGCACCAAACAUCCAACCACCACCAUCAUUGAAAUGAUCACUCCUGAUCUUGCCACUCUCUCCAUGCACUUCACUUUACUCAUUCAAAUUCGUCGCUACACACGUCAUGGUGGAUGUGGUUUUUGCACUCGUAGAAAUGUUCAGGUGGCAGAAGGUUAUAAAAGCUUGUUGCAACUCGGUAUUCUUCCCAUUAUUGUUCAUGCUGAGAGUGAAGAGGAAGCGAAUCAAUUCUUUGCUCAAUUCACAACAAAUCCUCUAUUGGUGAACAUGCUUAGAGUCUCAGAUUCAGAGUAUCAAUGGGUCGAACAAUUGGUGAGCCAUUCUUCUGAAAUUUGUCGUCCACUCCGAUUGGAAGCCUUGGAGGACAUGGGCACUUGGGCCAAACUGCAAAUGAUCUCUCCAUAUAUGAAGGCCACUCAAGAAGGUUAUCAAUUUAACAGAGAUACAGAAGGAAAGGAAUAUGCCAAAAACUCAAAUCUUCUCGUUCCUAAAUUCCUUCUUGUUAAGAACAAGCAAGUGGUGUAUGAGUGGGAUCAAGCGCUCGGUGAUGAAGCACCAGAAAUCUUUAAGGAUGUCUUGUUUCAUCCACACACCACAGUGUGGAUUCACAUGAAUUUGCUUGAGGAAUGCAACGAGACGACAUUUCCCUACGAUCAAAUGAAAUCAGUUCCACGUUAUAGAAAGGUUCCUAAAACAUUAGAUUUUGAGUUGGUAACCAAGGAACAACAAGAGAAGGAAUUUCUAGAAAUUCCAAAUGUCAAGAAGGAUCCUCAGUUGAUCAGGGAAAAGCUUGAUGCUCUCUUGAAAGAUGACACGGAUAGAAUUCAUUUGAAAAUAUUUGCAUGUCAAGAAUUCACAUUGGAAUACUUGUUAUUGUGGGAGAAUAUCCAAGAAUACAAGUCACUAGUCUCAACCAUGAAAGAUGAGAAUAGAACCAUCACACUCACCAAAGUUGCUCUUCACAUCUAUAAGAAAUUCAUUGGCACCGAUAAUAAUUUGUAUAAUGUCACUCCACUCUAUCCCGAGUUAAAGAAGAAGGCUGAAAUGAUACCAAAUGUAGUCUCUCAUCCACAAUAUUUCAUGAGUGAUGAGUGUGUUAAUCUCUUCCUCGAAAUUGAGCAAUACUUGUUGGAUUCUGUAUUGUCAGCCAUGUAUGUGAGAUUUUUGAACUCGUCAAGAAACAAGUCCACAAGUUGUAACUUGCAAUGA